AUGAAGACGACGACCUCCCAACUGUCGCUGGCCUUUGUUGCCGCCCUCGCUGCCAUGGAGAUGGUGGCAGCAGCCGGUCCGCUGCCCACCCCCGCAGCUGCCAGGCCUGACAUGCAACGCAGGCAGCUCGACCCCUUCGUCUUGAGCUCCGUCUUGGCCAACUCGGCCGCAAACGCGGACCUCAGCUCCUACUACGAUGCUGUGGGCAAGCUGCUGACAGACUCUUCUGCGCUGUCCGACUACGAGGCCAUGACGACAUCGAUUGAGUCGAGCGUCGUCUCUGACUUUGCCGCACAGCACGGCGGCAGCUCGUCGCUGGCCUCGUCGCUGGCCUCUUCCGUCUUUGCCGGCAUUGUCUCCGACGCUAGCUCCCGGCAAGCCGCAGGCACUGCUACGACCACCUCCGGCAGCGGCGCUUCGUCCACCUCGCAGUCAUCCAGCGGACAAACUAGUACCAGCUCGUCGAGCAACAGCAACGGUGCGAGCGCUCUGCCCUUUGGCUCCGUGGCUCUCACCAGCGCCUCUCUCGUUGCCGCGGUCGCCUUCUACCUCUUCUGA